AACGAAAUUGCGUAAAAUACAUUAUUUGGAACAAGUCUUGUAUAUCGGCAUAAAAAGAAAUUGGACCCCAAUUUAUGUUGAAUCAAGUGCAAUUAAUGCACCGAACAAAACACAUUUAAAAUGUAAAUUCGAGUUUUUGCCCAAUGAAACUAUUUGUUUCAGCAUGUUCCUACUUUUGACAUGAUCGCGAAUUUUUCUUGGUUAAAGUUAAGAAACUGUUGUUUGUUCUCUUCAUUAAAUUAAAGCUUUUGCCCACUCAAACGAAGUGAUCCAGCGUGUACGCUAGACGUGCACUUGGUGGUGGUUAUUUCUGCAGUACUCUAUCGAAGCAAGAAAAUCUGGCAAGGUCACCAACUACACGUUAGCCUACGAAAACUCUCGGGAAUCGUCUAUUUCGACGAUGGCGGGGCCGGGGACCAACUCAGCCUUCGUCUACUUCACAUUCUUUAUAUCACUGUCAACAUUUUUUGACAGCAAGCACCUUGCCAAAGGAUUUGUUGAACAUCGUAAUCUGCACGCUCCACACCACCGUGACUUCCUUCCAAAUGAACACAAUAAGCUGCAUAGCGAUGCCCUAAAGCGUUCUCAGAGUACAUUCUCUGUGGUCAUUGACCCCAUCAAGCCACACCUAAGCUCAUUCAUUCACCUCAUUAAUCCUGUGGAAGUUUUUGACCAUACACACCAUGCACACAUUGAGUAUUCCUGCAGCGAAGGUGAUCUCAUCGCAGCUCAGAUCUUUCUUCAGUCAGACGACAUUCCAGAAAGUCCACUCAGGGUCUUCCACCAGGAUUGGACAUGUAAUCGCUACUCAAGCGGCACACGCCAUGCCUACGUACAUCUCACACUGCCUGAUUGGUUGGCCUAUCGUCCGGAUAACUUGCAGCCAGUGGCUGUCAAUGUAAUCAGCCUGGAGUUAAAAAUCUGGAUUAUUAGCAAACACCAGAUUGUAAGCUGUGUCCGAUGGAGUGAUUUGAAUUGUCAUGACAGGGCGCAUGUCAAAGGGGUGUAUCCGAUGAAGAUGGUUGCAGUGUAUCGUCGACAGAGGAGGAAUUAUGAUUCUGAUGUUUGCUUAUCUUUUGAUUCUUGGAUCAAACUGCAUUUCCUUAAUGAAAAUGAAUUCCUCCAAAGUGAACUGGAAGAAGAGAUUUUACAGUUGGUUGAUUUCCCAGUAGCUCUUGCUAAUGCUUAUGGUGGAAUCACAAAGGAUGUGCCUCCAUUCCAAGAGAUUGGAUUGAUUAAUGAGCAACACAGAAACAGGUUCAACCCAAAGUUCACUAUUUCCAUGAUGAUCUUCCUACUUGAGUAUUGUAGUUAUGAUCUCUGUAGCAUCAUGCAUCGGAAAAGUCCAAACACUAAUCAAUACAUCACACCAUUGCUCUUCCUGACAAGAAAAGGUCUCAUCCAUGUGCAGGUGGUUCUGGAUAACGGUCAGGCAUUUGGGAUGUUGAGCAAUUAUCACAUUCCUUUGAAGGAAUGGGUGCGGCUGGUCUACAAACAAGAUGGCAGCAGGUGGACAUUGUCUGUGAGCAGUGGUCGUAACUUCACCAAUGUCAUCGUGAGUGGAAGUGUGUUUCCCAAACCUGUACAUUAUGAAGAGACUGAGGGCCUUAUCCAUCUAGGUGGAAGUAAUGCCUGUAAAGCAUUCAAAGGAUUUAUAGCGGAUACAUGGCUGUGGAGGACCACAGCGACUAGUAGGGAACCGAGGUGGAAUUUUUCAAAUCCUGUUUUGAUGGAGAAGAUUUCCUCCUAUGUCACGGGCUGCGAAGGAGUGCAAAAGAGAAUGCUGGCUGUAUUUGAGAUGUAUCAGAAGCAAUGGCAGGCAAUUCUUGCACAGAACUCCUGCCCCAGCACACUGCCCUCACUGCUAGAGUUCCCAUCAACCUCACCAUCAGACACUCAUCAACCAGUUUGCCAGCCCUGGGACAGACGUCCACCUAAAGGCUACAGACACCUGUGGGGUUUCCUCAGGAUGGCUGCCAUCAAUUUCCAAGGCUAUAAGAUGAGCUUUGACUUCAUUGGGAAGAGACUCCAUGAGAAAGCAGCACAGUAUCUGGCUGCUGGUGGUUUGUCUGAGAUACCAGCUAUCCUCCCUUUCCUCCGACAGGCCAGUUGCUAUGGUAACCACAAAUCCUCCUACAUGCUAGGCACACUGUAUGCCGGUGGAAUCAAUGUGGAUGUGGAUCUGAAUGAGGCAUAUUUGUACUGGCUGGUUGCCGCUGAGGCAGGGAACCGAUUAGCCAUGCUAGCAUUGGCCAAUCAUCAUCAACAAGGACUGAGCACAGCAUCCACUGACUUUGACUUGUCUUACAAUUACUUAAAAAGGUUGGCCGACUUGACAGUCAAAGAUCGAGAAAGACACGAUCCUAAUGGGGUUUUAACCGAGUAUGUGAGGCUGACAGACACCGACUCACUUAAAGUACACAAAGGAGAGGAUGGUGACCAUUUCUUGUGGUUGAAAUACCAAGCAAGGAAAGGCAUUGCACAGGCACAGCUUGAUAUGGCCCGCAUACUAUUCUGGGGGCAAAGGGGUAUUGACAGGGAUGUCCAACAAGCUGUAGAGCUAUACCGAUUAUAUUUAAUGGACAAUCCCCAAGAUGAGGUGGUGCAUUAUGACUAUGGGAUUAUUCACCUGCAGGCCUCAAUAGCUAGACUGAAAUUCUGGGGAUCGGAGGGCGUCAAACGAGACAUGAAAACUGCCGUCAAAUAUUAUGAAAAGACAGUCAAAGAGAUGCCACAGAACAGUGUGGCUCUGUAUGACUAUGGCAUAGUGUUACUCAGGGGACAGGGAACAAAGAAGAAUGUUGAGAAGGGGCAUGGCCCUGCUUACACAGCUCUUGGCUGGUAUGCCAUCAACUUCCAGCAUGACAUGAAAGCAGCUGCUAAGUAUUUUGACAUCGCAGCUAGAAUGGGACACAGGGACGCUAUGCACAACCUAGGGUAUAUGUACAAGGCUGGUCAGUACCCUGGUAAACCAGUUGAUGAGGCCAAGGCCUUCCUGUACUUCCAGAAAGCUGCCGACAGAGGUCACAUAGAUUCAGCAGGUGUCAUAGCUGAGAUCUAUAGCCAAGGAUCAAUAGGUGUAGAACGCAAUAGCUACAGUGCUGUCUUUUGGUCUCGGUUUGUGUGUGAGAAGAACCCAGAGAUUGGGAUGGUGUUACGCAAAGGUCUGGAUGCAUUCCUAGCAGGGUCUUGGGGUGAGAGCAUUGUGUAUUACAUGAUGGUAGCUGAGACAGGUGUGGAAGUAGCUCAGUUCAACCUAGCUCAUCUCUGUGAGGAAGACCAUGAUGGCCAAGUAUUCACCUACAUCCAAACUGACUGUACAUGGAAAUAUUACAACCUGUCCAGCCAUGCAGCCGAGCCACACGUUAUCUCCCAACUGAAGAUGGGUGAUUUUUAUUAUUACGGGCAACAUGGAGACCAAGACAAAACCAUUGCUGUCCAGUACUACUCCAUGGCUGCUAUGAGAAGAGAUCCACAGGCAUUGUUUAACCUUGCUUAUCUCCUGGAGGAAGGCACAGAGAUUGACAAUACCCUGUGGAAAAGCCUUCACAUUCCUAGCGAUGUGUAUAACUCAGAUGACAAAACCCAGCUGAUCAUGGCUGUGUACAGGAGGUGUCGAGAUGGAGGUAGUAAGGAUUCCUACCUGCCAUGUGGUCUGGCAUUACUCCGCGUUCAACUCUUGGAUCUAUGGAGCAAGUAUACUUUAGCAGUUAAGGUGUCUAUUGCUUUGAUGUUAGGCAUCAUUACACUGUCCUACAUUGGAACAGCUCUCCAUCACAUCAGAGAAUCAAGACAACAAAGCGACACACCAUCCGGUCAAAGUUCAGAGAAUUGAUGUCACAAAGGUCACCAUGUCAAGAGGCCUUUCACCAGUGACCUAUUCUCUGUUUAAGUGAAAUAUGCAUAACAUCUGUGCAAAAAUCUGAAAGUUACAAACAUUAAACUGUCCUUGUUGAAGGUAAUAGUUCCCCUGAAUUUGGUCAAGCUUUUGACCAAAUUUAUUUAAAUUAACCCAAGAGUUGGAGGAAUAGCUUCAGAUUUCAUAACAUAAUGUAGGCUGUAUUGUUCCCCUUGGACCUAGAAGACUGUUCAUUUUUACCCCAACGUGCUACCCAGUAAAAACAUAGCGAGAUGGAUAUUGCAUUGUCAUAUGAAUCAAAUGUGUUUCCAUUCAUUUGUUGCCUUGUACUUAAAAUUUCAGAAGCAAUAGUCUUUUAUUUUGGUCUUUUUAUGGUAAAUUGGUGAAAUCUUCUUAGAAUAUUUCUUCCAGUAUUCAAGCUUUUAAGAUUUCGAUGCCAGUUGUUCUUUAACUUCAUCUGAGAUGAGAGUUGUUCAGUCAUAUUUUGUAUAUUUGGGGAUUGGUUGGAAUAGAUAUAAGUAGAGAAAUAAGAUAAUACAAAUUUGGAAAUAAAUAUUAUCAGUUGCUUUAAAAUAAGAUUUUGCAUGGCAAUAUCUACUUUGAAGUAAAACCAAGUGAAAGAAAGGUUCAUAUUUUUACUGAUAAAUUAGCAGAUCUUCUCUCCAUUUCAAGGGGUUUUCUGUUUGUAGAGUUGUCCUCUUGAGUUAGAGUGAGAUGGAAUCAUACCUUCUUGUCUUGUUUUGAUCGGUUACACAAAGCUUCAAAGAUAUUUUGUACAAAAUAAGUUAAAAAAAACUUGUAAAAAGUAAAAUCUUGGAAAAUGAGACAUUUCUUCCAAAUGACCAUUACUGCCUGUCUUUCAUGUGAAUAAGUAUAAUGUAGCAAUAUACAUGGAUCUUCAUUCUUUUCUUUCUUCCCUGUGUAACAUUUUCUAAGUACUAUUUUUCUACCUUGGUUGUUACAGCACUAUACAAUAUUGAUUUGAAAAAGCAAGUACAUGUAGAUUGUUUAUCAAGUUAUGUUGCAUGUCAGUGUUUAAGGUUUUCAGAAUUAUGUGGGGGGGAUGUAAGAUUUCUUGGCGCACAUGUACAUGUAUGAAUGAACACUGCUUUAAGCCACAGCAUGCUAGACUUUUGAGAUUUGUGCAAUAUCGUUUUUCUUUAGCAUUUCAUUGUUCAUUGAUGGACCUGUUCUCCUGGGCAUUUUAUGUUAUGUUUGUAAGAUUUUCCCCAUUCUCUUUUUUGGGUACAUAUUUUAAUUUGUCAUGCCAUUUACAGAGGAAUUUGUACAUGAACGUGCAUGUAAUGAGUUUCAUGAUAUCUUACGUACCAGAUGGUUCUUUUCCUAUUAAAACUGGGACCAUGUGAGCCAUUAACAAAUUAAUGAACAAACAAAGUGAAUCAAUAAUUAAAGGUGUUUGUUUUCUUUGCAGUAUAUACAGUAAUUGAAUUUUCUUUGUAACCGUUAUCUUUAUGUUUUUGCUUUAAUUUGAAAAGCCCAGCAACAAAGUUCACUGAAAGUCUUCCAUAUGACAAUCUAACGAAGUGCCUUAACCCUUAAGCGCAGUCCUUCGUUAAAGAUUGGUUCUGAGUUUAUGUUUAGUUUACUUAGUUUUGUUUCUUUUAAUGAACUGUUUGUCCUUUCUGUUGUACGUAUGUAAACAAAACGGGUGCUAAGAUCAAUCCUGCGACACUUGAUACUGCCCUGACAAGAUCCCUAAUGUGUUGGUUUGAUAUUUUUACUUGAGAUUUGGUUGUUGAGUAACAGAUGGAAGCGAACCUGGACAGAAUUUACGCUAACUUUACGCCGCUGAAAGAGUGCAUGUGUACACUUUGGAAAUAGUCAGCUUGGCUUGACACUUUUCCUCCUGUUUGGAAAAGAUAAGAGUUGAUCUUGUAGUAUACCUCCGCCCCAUUAAACUCAUAUCCAGACGAAUUCGUCUCCGACUUGAACAAUCUCCUUGUUUGGUUUACUAUGGGUGAGUUAUUCCCGUGCUUUAAAGUUGUGCUUAAAAGCGUGAAUGAAAAUUUAUGUAGCUUUAAUGUGGAAUCUUUAGGUUCAUGAACUUCCAGGAGAAUUUUUGCAAACAACAGCUUUUGUGUUCAACGUAAUGGAUCCGUUACUUGAUGUAACAGCUGAAAUGGUGACAUUAAAAACGAAUUAAAUACUCGACAUCUUUCUGAAAAUCUG